AGAAGACCAAAACCGUAAACUCUGACAAGGAUACAGAUCGUUGUAUUGCUUUGCUUGCUUACUCUUCUCUUCAUCGUAUAAAAAGAAACCUUUCACAAUUUCGCUAACUAGAAUCGAGAUAUUAUUGUGCCCUCUCUCAUUUACAAUUCUCCACGAUCAAUCUGGAAAUCGGAAUUUGUCCCCUUUCGAAUGAUCACAGGAAAACUGGGGAAAUAAAUCGAGAAAAAAGGUAUGGUGAAGGAGAAUGAGUACUACGAGAUCUUAGACGUCAAAACUGAUGCUUCAGAUGCUGACAUUAAAAAGGCUUACUACUUAAAAGCUAGGAAAGUUCAUCCUGACAAGAACCCUGGAGACCCUCAAGCUGCUAAAAACUUUCAGGUUUUAGGCGAGGCUUAUCAGGUUCUGAGCAAUCCGGAGAAGCGAGCAGCUUAUGACAAAUAUGGCAAAGAAGGGGUUCAACAGGAUGCAAUGGUUGAUCCUGCAGCUGUAUUUGGUAUGCUUUUCGGAAGCGAAGUCUUUGAAGAAUACAUUGGGCAGCUUGCACUUGCUUAUUUGGCAUCAAUCGAAGCUGACUUGGAAUCAUAUGAGCCUGAAAUCAGAAAGCAAAUGCUUCAAGACAAGAUCAAAGCUCUACAAAAGGAGAGGGAAGACAAGCUCGCCGCUACAUUGAAAAACAAACUUGAACCGUUUGUGGAAGGACGAACCGAUGAAUUUAUCGAAUGGGCUAACGAAGAGGCAAAGCGGCUUUCCUCUGCCGGUUUCGGAGAGGCGAUGAUGCAUACAAUUGGUUACAUUUACACAAGAAAAGCUGCUAAAGAAAUUGGUAAAGACAAGAGAUUUAUGAAAGUGCCGUUCUUAGCGGAAUGGGUGCGUGACAAAGGCCACCAUAUGAAAUCUCAAGUGAUGGCUGCUUCUGGUGCGGUUUCGUUACUUCAGUUGCAGGAUGAAGUGAACAGAUUGAAUGAACACCAAGGAGAGAACAAAGAGGAGCAUAUUCAGAAAGCCAUUGAAGCUAAAAUGGAUGCUUUGCUUCAAUCUCUUUGGCAAAUCAAUGUUCUCGACAUCGAAUCCACUCUUUCUCGUGUUUGCAAUUCUGUGCUUAAAGAUCCAAGUGUUUCCAAGGAUGUUCUUCGAGCUCGUGCCAUAGGAUUGAAGAAACUUGGAACGAUCUUCCAGGUGAGCAAGAAGAAAAGGGGUGCUAAGAAGCCGUACACGAGAGGAAGCAGCUUGCGUCGCGAACCCGCCGUGAAACAACAGGACACCGGAGGUUCUUCAAAGGCGACGUCUUGAAACCUAUUAAUUGAAUAUGUUGUUUCUCUUAUCUUUUUUAUUUGGAUGAAGUUGCAUUUCCCCAGUUUUGUAGAGAUUGAACUUUUUCUUGUGUAGUUGAAUACAUUGUUAUUCUUAUCAGAUACUCGUUAAAAUUA